GUUGUGCUUUCCUUUCUUCAGCCAUCAGCAUCCCACCUUAGCCUCCUCCUACUACCGAAGGCGGCGCGGCUCUUCUGCGCCCACAACAACCGGAAACCAUGCAGAUCUUCGUGAAAACCCUAACCGGGAAGACCAUCACCCUCGAGGUCGAGUCAUCUGACACCAUCGACAAUUUGAAGGCUAAGAUCCAGGACAAGGAGGGCAUCCCGCCCGACCAGCAGCGUCUCAUCUUCGCCGGAAAGCAGCUCGAGGACGGCCGUACCCUAGCCGACUAUAACAUCCAGAAGGAGUCUACUCUCCACCUCGUCCUCAGGCUUCGUGGCGGUGCCAAGAAGAGGAAGAAGAAGACAUACACCAAGCCCAAGAAGAUCAAGCACAAGAAGAAGAAGGUCAAGCUCGCCGUCCUCCAGUUCUACAAGGUCGACGACUCCGGCAAAGUCCAGAGACUCCGUAAAGAAUGCCCCAACUCUGAGUGCGGAGCAGGUACCUUCAUGGCCAACCACUUUGACCGCCACUACUGCGGCAAGUGUGGCUUGACCUAUGUUUACCAGAAGGCUGGCGGUGAUUAGAUUAUGCUUUUAUGUCUCAGUAUUACUCUCUGAUUUUGCCCUGUUAUUUACAUUCUAAAUACCGAAUCCUGCCAUGGAUCUGGACUGAUAGGCAUUUUGCUGCUUAUUUUUCCUUGAAUUUCGAUGUUUAUGGAAUUUAUUCCUCUUAA